CUCGGGGGAUGAGAGCGUGACCCCGCCUCUCCGCUUCCUGCGCGAGCUGCUUCACCCUUUCCGUUUUUGCCGCCUUCAAACUCACGUGCGUCAUUAACGGCAGCACGAGGGAGCCCUGGUGUGUAGAGGGAGGAGGAUGCGGCGACUGAUCCGGCGGCGUGACAACGUCACCAUGGCGACCCAGUGUUUGCUUCUGGCAUCUGACCUCUGACCUUCUGCUGAAGAUGGCAACCCAGAGGAGGCACCUGGUCAAGGACUUUAACCGCUACAUCACCUGCUCUGUGUGCCGAGGUUACCUGAUCAAACCCACCGCCGUCACCGAGUGCCUCCACACCUUCUGUAAGAGCUGCAUUGUCCAACACUUCGAGGAGAGUAACGAGUGUCCUGAAUGCGGCAUUCAAGUCCAUGAAACCAAUCCUCUAGAGAUGCUGAGGUUGGAUAAAACGCUGGAGGAAAUCAUCUUUAAGCUGGUGCCUGGACUAAGAGAGAAGGAGGAACAACAGGAAAUGGAUUUCUGGAGGAAAAACAAAUCGAGAGCUAAUGGGGAAGAAGGACCUAGGGCAAAAAGGGCUCGUGUGAGUGAGGAAGAAGAGGACAGAGAGGAAGGUGAAGGAGGUGAUUUUCACAGAAACGACCCACAGAUCGCUAUCUGCCUGGACUGCCUGAGGAACAAUGGCCAAUCAGGAGAGAGCACAGUGAAGGGUCUGAUGAAGAAGUUUAUCCGCUGCUCCACUCGUGUCACUGUCGGUACCAUUAAGAAGUUUCUUUGUGUGAAGCUGAAGCUGCCGAGCUCUUAUGAGCUGGACGUUUUGUGUAAUGGGGAGAUCAUGGGGAAAGACCACACCCUGGAAUUCAUCUACCGAACCCGCUGGAGACUGCAGGGUGACACAGAGUAUCCCAUGGUCCUCGAGUAUCGACCUCGCAUCGACUUCGGAUAAAACACUGACCGAGAGAGAGAGAGCGAGAGCGAGAGAGACAGAGGAAUAAACAGACACAAACUUCCUCAUCAUUCAUCCAUUACCUGAUUGACAGGUCCUGGCUCCUCCCCCUGUGACACACUCCAUGGACAGAAUAAAAAAAAAACAUGAAGCACUUCAGAAAUGCACUUAUGUCAAGUUUAGGACGAGAGAGUGUGUGUGUGUGAGACGUCUUCCAUUUUUUUAUAUUCGUGAAGACGAAGGAAAUUCGGAAAGAUCUGGAAGCGUAAAUAAUCAAACGUGCCUCUUUUGUAAACACACACACACACACACACACACACACACACAGAGAGAGAAAAAAAGAAGCCAGUGGAAUGAAAGAUGGCAGACAUUUUGUUUUUUUUAUUUUAAAGGUCAUCACUGCUGAAAGGUCACUAAUCCUGAUGGCAACAAUGAAUAUAAUGGAGCAGCAGCUAGUUAGCAUUAGCAUAAGAGAAUCAUGCUAACUGGUUUCCACUGGUUUCUUCCAUUCACUGUUAGCCAUGUUAGCAUGUAUUAUUAUUAUUAUUAUUAUUAUUAUUAUUAUUAUUAUUAUUAUUAUUAUUAUUGAUAUCCCAGGUCUGUAAGCUGUGUCUAAGAUCAUGUCUGUCCUGUGUUUGUUAAAUUGUCCCGAAAUCUGGCUUCCUUAAUCACAUCAUCAUCAUCAUCAUCAUCAUCCUCUGACGUUUCGUUAAUGAGCCAGCCGAGAAUACGAGAUGAAAAACCCAAACAAAGCUGUAUUUUUGUAACACAGUGACUUGUGUACUGAUGAGGUUUGAUGUUUUUAAUAAUCAGAGAUGCUGCUGCUGUUUAGAGUAAUUUAUUCUUCUCUAUUUUGAAAUAUAUUUGUGCUCCUUCUUCUCUUUAAAACUGCACGUGACUGCUGUAUGUGACGUCACAUCUUUACUGUUUCAUUACUGUGAAGAUUAAAAACAUGGAAAGUGUCAAA